AUGGACACUGUUAGCCCUCUGGUCGCUCUCGCUCCUCUACCUGCUGCACAUCACCGUCGUCCGCCUCGACGUCCUGAGGAUCCGCUCCCACCUGAGAUCACCUUCAAGCCACCGCAUCGCCGCGCAGUCCCUCCUCGCCGCCGCACGCGUCAGGGCACUCGCCAACGUCAAAUUAUUGACACUAUAAGAGAGUUAGAAGGUAAAAUAGGUAAGGGCUCUGGUGUUUCAGGAUUUUGCGACGCCAUUGGGAGUGUGCAGCAGGGGCUGCAGGGGUAUGAGGGGAAACAUACCGAGCUGACGACCAAUGUCCUCAUGGACGUAAACACUAUUAAAUCACGAAUAACGCACUUAGAUUCACAAUUUAAUGACAUUAGAUCUAAAACACUGGUUAACCAGUUAAAUGACAUUAAGCCUGUGGCCGCUGACAUGUCAUCUACAGCCGACCUGCUUUGGAAGGACAAUGAUCUGUUAGAUGACGGUCUGAAAAAGCAGUUAACGCCGGCUGUUGAAAAAGUCAAGCAGGCGGUUGGUGGCUUUAAUAGUGUCGCAGGAGAUACGGGUGUCACAACACAGGCUAGCCUAGUAGACAGGGCCAUAGAGGAAAAGCGUCAGCAUUUGGAAGGUCAAAUUAACAAGGGUGCUCUAGAACUUGAACGUAAAUUAGAUGUUGAAGUUAAGAAAAUUCAAAGUGAGUUGACGGCUUUAAAAGAUGAAACAUUAAAAUCUGAAAUUACGUUGCUGCGGCAGGCUUUACAGGAUGCCAAGGCAGAUAUUGUAGAUCUACUUGACAAUUUCGACGGGACUCAUAAACCACAAAUUAGUGAGAAAUUCGAUCAAAUUAAAAGCGCACUAAAAGAUGUAUUGCCAGAUAAGAAAGGGAAAUCACCACUUGACAAGCAGGUCGACGCACUAAAAGAAAAGGUUGGGGAUACGGAAGGCGUGUAUCAACAUGUGCUCAGAAACAUUAAGAGAGAAGUUAACUCGGCGGUAACUAGCGCCGCAGAGCAUCUCACAAAGGUGGAUGAGGCAGUUAAAAGGGAUUUGUGGACGAUUAGGCAAAAUGUUGAAGAGCAAUUGAAUAAGUACGUGAAAGAAUAUCUGCGGUUAGUUACGGAGCAACUUCGGAUAAUUAAAGAGAAGGUGGGAAAGGACAAAAACGAUAAUAAAGAUAGUAUAGCAAAGCACUGGGAGGUGCUUACAAGUAGGAUUACGACCCUUGUUAAGAUGAUCAACGGUAGAGAUGGGGAAACUGGAAAGCCAUAUUACAAAGGUCUUAAAGGAAUUAAGGAGAGAGUGAAGGUGUGGAGAGAGGGUUUCACCGACGCAAAAGGAUUUGAGAAAAUAGUGGAGAAGUGGAUAAGGAGCAUUUUAAAGGGGAACGAGGACGUCAAGUUUUGGAUUAAGCAGUAUGUUGACGAUAACAAGAGAAAGAAUGGCGAUGGUUGUUUUAAUUCGGGCAUUAUAGACACGAAGCAUAGUCAAAUUGAAGUUAUUAAGGACAAGAUUAUACAGAAGCUGAAUCGUGGUGAAUUUGAGCAAACUCUAUAUUUGGCUGGAAGAUCUGGCAAUAAUAUUCAGGAUAAUCUCAACGCUGUCAGAUUUGUUUGCGAAAAGUUCGCCAAGCAGGUUGGGGAGAAACUGGCGAAGAAAGCAAAUGACAUUAAGGAUUACAAAAAGCAUUUGGAUGAUUUAGUGUCUCAGAUUGUCACUGAGAUUGAAGGUGUUUGUAAAAAUGGUGGCACUGCCACUGAAAAUGAACAUCUCGAAUACGCAAUCGCAAUCACCCUGGUGGCGCUGCAGUCCGCCUCCAGGCACACCGCUAAAGCGCUCGGGAAUUUCACUACUGCUAAAGAUAAAUCCAAAAGGAUUACAUACAAUAUCAGCACCAAUGUGGAUGCGGCUAUAGCAGGUGUUGCUCUAAUAAAGGAUAUACUUGGCGAUGAGCACGGCAGCACCAACGAGCCAGGCAGUAAGAUUACCAAGGCAUUAAAAGAUCUUGAUUCACAGAUUGAAAAGCUUCACGGCGAUCUUCGAAAGUCCACUACAUCUUCAGAUCCUGCCUCCGACCCCAAGCUUAUUCAGAUUGAAGACAGUGUGGAAAAAAGGGUAGAAAACAUUCUGAGUGACAACGUUGGGACGAAUGGUUCAGAAGGUCAAGUGAAAAAAAAUUUUGGUGAGGAUGGUUUUAUGGCAGCGUAUAAUGACGAGACGAAAUUGAAUGCAGCUGACGGUAAGCUUAGGGACAGGAUCAAUAAGAUUAACGAACCAAUCAAUAAGUACUUCGAGAAAACAUCAUCAACUAACAUUGAUUUCGACGCUCUCUCAGAAUAUAUAAAAACGCUGGAGGAGUACAACAAUGCAAUUCGCGAUGUCAAAGCCACUGUAAGCAAGCUGGAAACUGUUCCCUCGUCUAUCGAAACGAUGUCUGAAGAGACCCUUCAACUUCUACAAGAACUCAGGCAAAAUAUAAAGAGACUUGAGACACAAAUUGACGGCAUCCAAGAAAACGUGAAUAAUGCCGAACGUAAUAUAGAGGAGGCCAUCGUGUCUCUUCACGAAUCUGUAAAUAAAUCUCACAUAAAGAUCUACGAUGAGACCGAAAAUUUUAGGAAAUCCCUCCUCUCCGCCGUUAAAUCCUCUUUCGAUAGUGUCAAGAAUUCCGUCCAAUCCCUCUUCGCGCGGCAGAAGCAGGCCGAGCUCACGCAGCUGCAGAGCGUCGUCACGGAGCAGUUGGAGAAGAUAGAAGAGAUAAUCAGGGAGGAUAAAUCAACAGGGGUGAAGGGUUUUUUGACGAUAUUAAGAGAGGGGAUGUUUGAAAAUUUCCUGAGUAGGUCGCAUCCUUUAAAAGAUGGCAUGAAACUAUCAGAGUUGGCUGUACAAGCUGUAAUUUGUUUUGAGGGUCUGUUUGAAUAUUUUGAUGAAGAAUUGACACCAAAGAACUCCCGACUUGUACGUACAUUGCAUUCUCAGUCUACAGGUCCUCAUGCUGCUAUGGUUGAGAACAUCAGAAGUGUUCUCAACGCCUUGCUUGGUCACUUAAUAAAUACUAAACUUAAAACAUAUGACUUUGACCACACCUUUAGAGAGAAAGUACAUGAGCUCACAGUGUCGGUAGGCGCCUUAAGCGCUAAAACGUUCGGCGAGGGAAGGAAUCCCGAGCUGCUGAACAUCUUUAAGAGUGGCAUGUUGGCCUUUACCACUGAACUCGGCCACGCGUACGUGAAUAAAUACAGUGGUAUGAAAUUCCAAGAUGAGUUGCUUAAAAAAAAGGACUCUGACCCAUCCCCCAAUCAUUUAACCACCGAGGGCCGCAACUGCGCCAAGGUCUGCCUGACCAUACUGGAGAGGGUGAAUGAGGACUUGGCAUAUUUGAAAGGAAAAUGUGAUACUACAAAUGGCCCUUGGAAACAUAACAAAAUAUGCGAAACAGACGGAAAUAAGACCAAUAAACUCGGACGUUUUUUCAUGAAUCGUGGCUUCACCAUUCCGCUCAACGACGGCGUAAAGCAAGAUGGUCAGUUGAGAUGUUCUGUAAACAUGAAAGGUGGGCAUAUUUGUAAAAAGCUGCUUGAAAAGGAAAUUGGUGGCGCGAAGCAAAUUGAUCAUCUCAAAGCGUGCAAUGCAACAAAGGAGAAUGAAAUUAAGUUUAAUGUCCUCGACAUUCUCACAUGUCUUCGCAGUCACCUUCAUCAAUAUUUCCGUGUUGGUCACAUCUCUUCAUUCGCCAAAAAGUCACCAUGUUCCAUUUACGAGAUGCUCACAUGGUGUUGCGGUCUGCAGUACAACAGUGCUUACUCAAAGAUGCAGCAGCAUUGUAAAACGCUGCAUCAGGCGCUAGAAAAGGAAGAAAAGACAAUGAGAAAAUGA